AUGGUAGAGGUCAUGUUGCAAAAAGAGGAAAACAAUGGAUAUAUAAUUAUUGCAAAUUACCUGCUGAGUGACGGGGCUAAAGUCCGCACUACUGAUCCUGCCUAUUUGUCUCGGGUGGAGAAGUACUUCAGUAAAUUGCUGCCUCUGGUGACUCCACUACAAGUCAUCUAUGGAGGUCCUAUUAUCAUGUUUCAGGUGGAGAAUGAGUAUGGAUCUUUGAGAGAUCCAGAACAUAAGUACAUGGUGGAGCUGAAACAUAUUAUGGAUAGUCAUGGUGUCAAAGGGCUUUACUUCACGUCUGACUCUCCAGAACCUUCCCUGGACACCGGAGCCUUGCCGGACCUGGGGGUGCUUCAAACUGCAAACUUCAAAAUGGAUGGACCACUUCAGAUGAGAACUCUUCAACAGUUGCAGCCUGACCGGCCCAUUAUGGCUAUGGAAUUUUGGACUGGCUGGUUUGACCAUUGGGACAAGCCACAGCAUGAAACCUUCCAUUCUCUGGUGUACCUGGAGAAAUUGAAGGAGAUUCUGGCAUUCCCUGCAUCUGUCAAUCUGUACGUGUUCCAUGGAGGAACCACUUUUGGAUUUCUGAAUGGUGCCAACAAUGACGAUACUGAGGACUCCUACCAUCCAGAUAUUUCCAGUUAUGACUAUGACGCAAUUGUGACAGAGGCUGGAGAUUACACAGUGAAGUACACUGCCACCCUAGAGCUCUUUCGGGAAAUCCAUUCUCACCUGUACCAUCCACCACCACCACCCAUUGCACUGCCUCGUAUCCUGGCUCUUUCCUUACAGCUGACACAGGAACUGCCCUGGCCUCAGAUCGUCUCACAGCUGCCAACCCCAAAAGGUGAACUGAAAAAUCGCAAGGAUUUCAUCUUUAUGGAAGACCUCCCAGUGGAUGGGGAAGGAAGACACCAGAGCUUUGGAUACGUGAAGUACACUAGAGGCAUCAAGGUGAAUGAACUAGGAGCCAAGCUGAGGCUGAAAGGCAGAGUGAGGGACGUGCUCAUAGUUCUGGUGGACAACAAGCGUCAGACAAUUGUUCUCUCAGAGGGUAGUCAGACAGACGAGUUUGGAUUUUGGGCAUCUCAAGAAGAUGAGCUUGAGCUGAAAGUGGGUCCUGGGGAGCACACACUGGAGCUGUUGGUUGAGAACUGUGGUCGUAUCAACUAUGUCAAGACACUGGAAUGGCUCUCACAGAAGAAGGGGCUAGGGCCUGACAACAGUAUCACUCUUGAGGGGGCAGAGUUCACGUCUGGCAUCGAUGUGGUUGGCAUGCCUUUCUUAUCGGAGUGGGUCAGCAGAUUGUCAGGAUGGCAGGACAGAGUGAGGGUUGGAGAAAAGGAGGCUCCCAGUUUGAUUAAGGCAGAAUUCCACCUUUCAUCUGACCAGAUCUCUGACACAUUCCUUGAUAUUAGAGCCUGGAAGAGAGGUGUUGUCUAUGUUAAUGGCUUCAACAUCGGCCGGUACUUCUCUGGAGGUCCUCAGCUAACCAUGUAUAUACCAGCUCCAUUGCUCAGAGCUGGUCAAAACACGAUAAUGAUCUUCGAGCACUAUGUCAACGCUCCGACAAUACAAUUGCUCACGGAUCCAAUAUUUUUGUAAUUUAAGAGAUGUAAGAUUUCUUACAUUGUGUUGUACAUUCUAGGGGUGUUUUGUAUAUAGAAUGAAAUUUUGUGAAUAAACUCUUAUUUUCUUAUA